UAGCAGGUCUACAUACCAACACGAUGUGUUUGUACAGGUCUAGUGUGUAUCAGAGAAACGCUAUACAUCAAAACACUCGAUAAACAUGACCGGAAGUCAUCAGCAGAAAAACACACAUCCCGGUGUUAUUUACCGAAAACAGUUUGCGCAUUAAAACCCUGUUUUAUUGCUGCCGAGUCAUUACUGUGCAAUUAUUGUUGACGAUUAAUGCAGUAUCGCUGUCUCGGAUCGUUAGACUGUACUACACCUGCUACUAAUACUUUGGCCGUCCACAGGACAGGACGUGAACCAACGUGAUUCUGGAAAGAUGAACAUUGCUUUAAUUUUCGAAAGAAGAAGGUACUUUUAACACUGAAUGACAUUAACGAGCAGAUACAGAAGAACUUCAGUACUUGUAUAUUAGUAACCAACAUUGGAAAAGUAUCUUCAGAAGAACUUCAGUACUUGUAUAUUAGUAAUCAACAUUGGAAAAGUAUCUUCUGGCAUAGACACGGGAUUUGUGGUUUGAAUAUUUUUUACCUGUGUGAAUUAGUACCUGUGUGAAAUUGGGCGAAUAAACUUAAUUUAAAUACUUUGCCGUCAUGGAUUUUCUUCGACUGGUGCCUGGAGGUUUUCGGCUUCUGAUGAUACUUUCCAUUGUGACUGUUAUAUACCAGCCGUGUUGUCAAGGACUAAUUUCCAGCAGGAUGGCCGUGGCCUCCACAAACAAAAUCCGUAAAAUUGGCCCGAAUGUGAGACCUACUACAAGAGAGAGUCUUUUGACACGCAAGGUCAAACCACCAACGGAAGCGACUGUGAUCCAUAGGACAAGGAUUGUCCCUUCUUCUCGCGUCACUUCCUGUCUGAAAUCUCGGUGUCCGGCUUCCAUACCAAAGGCAUGUCGUGUCCUGUCUAUUACCUAUCGGGGUGGGAGACGGUGUCGCCGAUGUGUAAUUAAGCGAAGUUGCCACGUAAGAAAACCCACACAAAAGACAAUAUCAAGAAAGUUAAAAACCAUGUCAAGCAAACCAACACAAGAGAUGAUACCAAGAAAGUUAAAAACCAUGUCAAGCAAACCCAAACAAAAGAUAAAACCAAAACAGCUAAAAAGCAUGUCAAGCAAACCAACACAAAUUAUGAUUCCAAGAAAAUUAAAAACUGCGCCAAAAUCGUCACGGACUCCUGCGAAAAAUUCAAGGACACUGUCUGCUCGCAUGAAAAACGCUAUAAUGAGGUCCAGGACAAGGGCAAAGGUCAAUAAUUUUGAGGGACGUUGGAGGAAAGGGUUUUCAAGUGGUUAAGGUUCAGAACCUGAUUUAACGUUUAAAGUUAAGAAGCUAAAUGCCAUCAUUUGUAGUUAAAAUUAUCAUAUCGGAUUACAUGUAGACGUAUAUUAUAGCAAAUAUUUAAUACAAAUUUCAUGUGCUCUGUAUCAAAAUGUUACAAAACGUACAAGUUUAUUAAUGUUUUAUGGAAAUAACGUUCUUAUUAUGGACUUUGUUUGAUGAAAAACAUAACAUCCUUGUGGUGAAUUUACCUUAUCAAAUUUAAAAUACAAUCAAGACCUCCAGUUUGUUUCUUUACGAAGUGUAGGUAUCUCCUGUCCGAUGAGUUGUUAGAAUAGCAUUGUUUGGCAAAACUUCUUUAAAAGACGUAACAUUACAUUUUUCAGACUUUAAGAGUAGCAUAAUAAUACAUAACAAUAUGUACAUGUGUUUACUUUAUCACAUAGCCGCUAUUAAGACCAUGGUAUUUUCCAAGUGCAUUUCUUGUUACUGUACAUUAGCUUGCACCUAACUAUUUUAAAUCACAUUAUUCUGUAAGUUGUCCAUUUGCAUGUCAUAUGUUGUAAUUUAUUGUAAGAAUGUUACGAACGCGUGAUUGUAAGAAGUUUUCUUAACAUAAGGAUAACGUUUCUAUCCCUAUCCAAAAGUUACAUUGGAUCUGUCAGAAGGAAUCCAAAACAACAUUGCUGAUAUUUACUGUCGCAGACCAUGGUAGCGAAGCUAGAAAGGAACGUUGGAAGAGUCAUGCUCUUUUAAAAACAUAGCAAAGUUGUAGGAAGUUGAUGUGUGUAUGUAUUUAGUGUGUGAGUAAACGUGAGGUAUGUCCGAGAGUGGAAUGGUCGUGAACAUGGUUGUACGUCUGACUUGAUUUGCGUGGAAGGAGGGGGUGGUAAGCGAGCCUGUGUAUAGGGAUGUGGGGAGAAUGUGAUCUGUAUGUGUGUAUACAUAUGUGGGUCUGGGUUGGUUGCUGUAUGAGUGGGUUGGAUGAGUGUAUUGGUGUAGGUGCGUGUAUGUUGGUGUUGGUGUGGGUUUCUAUAUGUGGGUGUGUACAUAUAUGUGUUGGUUGACACGCUGGAAGACACCCGCAAUGCACAUAGACACAGUAAAUGACAAAAAUGGCAGUCAAUGCUAUCAUAUCCAUUUCAUAUCAUUACACUGACAGACUAUCUUACAAUGCCCUUCGGCAAAUUCGCCCAACCUUAUUAAAUGUAUAUAGUUGUGGUCGUACCAUUUAUGAAGAGUUUCACCAUAAACACAAUUUAUUUUACAACAUGCAUUGUUACCUCGAUGUUCAAUAUUUCUUCUUUAAAAACAAUUUAUUUUUUGCAUGAAACCGAUAUUGUAAGGGAACACGUACAGAAAAGAAUUAUGUACGGUCUAAUGGUACAAAUGUUUCACAUUGUAUCUUAAUGAAUAUUAGAAUGAAUAUUUAAAAAGUCUGGAACCGAGAAAGUAAAAUAUAAUUGAGAUUCAUAAAUAAGUAAGGAUUGUUCUGCUAAUUAAAUUAGAAACUAACAGAAAAAGGUACCGAAUCGAGAGAUUGUAUUGUCAAUGGUGUACGUAAAGACUAAAUACGAUUCGCCUGUACAUUUGAUGUCACAGGUCACGUGGGUUUCUUCUUUUCUUUUUUUAUGUUUCCUGUUCGUAGUAAAUCCAGAUCGGUUGGGUUUUUUUUAUAAAUAAAAAAAUAAUAAUGCACACACAAGAAACGUAUUAACUUUAAUUUUUCACUUUUCUUUUUUUUACUUGGGUAGAAUUGAUAAUUUAUUUAAUUUAUUUCCAAGGAUUCUACCUGUCACGAAUGGGUUUACUAGGAUCGCACAGACAUUCAUGCAUGCUUUCAACUUAAAUACAUACAAUAAAUUUGUGUUCAUAAA